UUGGUUUGCACUUCUAUUUUCCUCUUCUACUUCUCUACUUACUUUGAUGAUGAAUGGAAGGAACAGGUUCCCCUUUACCCCAUCACAGUGGCAAGAGCUUGAACACCAAGCUCUCAUCUACAAGUACAUGGCUUCAGGCAUUUCCAUUCCACCUGAUCUUCUCUUCACCAUAAAAAGGAGCUAUUUUGAUUCCCCUCUGUCCUCAAGGCUUUUGCCUAACCAGCCACAGCACUUUGGAUGGAACUACCUUCAGAUGGGUUUGGGAAGAAAAAUAGACCCUGAGCCAGGUAGGUGUAGAAGAACUGAUGGCAAGAAAUGGAGAUGCUCCAAAGAAGCAUACCCAGAUUCAAAGUACUGUGAGAGGCACAUGCACAGAGGGAAGAAUCGUUCAAGAAAGCCUGUGGAAGUUUUAAAAUCAACAACAACACCAUCAUCAUCAACAACAAACUCAAAUGCUUCUUCUACACAACAAGCAAUCUCAUCAAUCACCAAAAUUAAUAGCACUCUCUCACCUCUUGCAUCAUCUGAGACUCACCAACACCACCACUAUCCUCAACACUAUGGCUCCUUUCUCUAUCAUCAUCACCCUCCUUCAAGGUCCUCUGGCAUUGGCUUGUCUUUUGAAGACAACAGUGCUCCCUUGUUUCUUGACACUGGCUCAUGCUCUCAGUCCAACACAGACUGCAGGAGUAGGUAUGUUUAUGGAGAGAAAGAGGAGGUGGAUGAGCAUGCUUUCUUCACAGAACCUUGUGGUGUUAUGAAAAGCUUCUCUGCUUCCUCUAUGGAUGACUCAUGGCAACUCACACCAUUGACUAUGAGCUCCUCAUCUUCAUCUUCCAAGCAGAGGAGUUCCUUUGGCUUGUCCAGUGAUUACUCUUGCUUGCAACUUCAGAGCCACUCAAAGCAGCAGCAGCAAGAGCAUCAUCAAGAUCAGGGUUGCUACAUGUUUGGUGCUGGUCAAGUUGUGAAAGAAGAACCUCAGAAAACGGUUCAUCGCUUCUUUGAUGAAUGGCCACACAAAGGAAGAGAAGGCUCUUGGCUUGAUUUGGAUGACAAAUCUUCCACAACCCAACUUUCAAUUUCCAUCCCCACAUCUUCUCAUGAUUUUUCAACUUUCAGUUCCAGAACCCACCAUGAUGGUUGAGUGUAGGUUUCCAAUAAUGGGUCCUUUGUACGGAAAUCAAAGGCCAAAAAUGUACCUAUAAGGGUGGGGUUUAAGAUGCUUUGGGGUCUUAUUUCCAACCACACCCUCUUCUUUUUUCUUCUGCCAUAAAGGCACUUGAAAGGGAUUUCUGUCUCCAUGGAGAGAUCUAAUGUGUAAUGCUAUAUGAUGCUAAUGCUUUCUUAGUUAUAAGUGCUUCCUUCCAAACAUAGUAUCAAAAAUUCUCUGUGACAAAGCCUGAACUGUUUAAUAUUUGAGCUAACAUUCAAUUGCACAUCUAUGUAUUUUUGGUUUCAUCAUUUUCUGCUUUCAUAGCUAGUAUGAAAUUGGGUGCACUAUGGCCCACACCCCA